AUGACUGAUACCCUAACAUUCUACCACUUCAACGAUGUCUAUCACAUAUCAAACACAGACCUCAUAGCAAAGUUUGCUCAUGUCAUUACCCAGUCCAAGCAAAGCAGCGGCAGUCUAGAUAUUCCGCCCUUGACCAUCUUCAGCGGGGAUGUCUUCUCUCCGUCUACUGAAUCGUCCGUAUUAAAGGGCGAGCAUAUGGUCCCUAUUCUCAAUCAUCUUGGUAUCGAUCUUGCUUGCUACGGGAAUCAUGGUAAUCUCCUCGCUCUUGCGCAGGAGUAUGUUAUUAAAAUGAUGGGGCAAUACAAACUUGGAUUCAUCGGCCUAGCUGGGACGGAUUGGCCAUCCAACUGUCAACAUUUACCACCAGCUCUUUUUCUUUCCCCAAAAGAAGUAGCUCGAAGGCUAGCCAAGCAUCUACGCACUGUGGAGGGGUGCGAUUUCGUCAUCGCUGUUACACAUAUGCGCCUUACCGAAGACCUCUACGUAGCAAACACUACUUUGGACGGAGAAGAACGUAUCGAUCUAUUACUGGGCGGACAUGACCAUGAAGUUCUUUGUCGAUCUCUGGGCGACAUUGACGACAACCCAGGUUCAAUCCUCCAAGGGAUAACGGAUAGUGAAUCCAGAAUACGAGAUGGAGAGACGGUACAUGUGGAAGGUAGCAUACGAAUUGUCAAGAGCGGAACAGAUUGGAGAUCCUACUCUGUCGUACAACUGAAGGUUCGGAGAGAGAAUGAUGGCAAAGCCUAUCUUGACAAUAUUGAAGGUACAAAGUCACGAGAGAACAAACUGAAACAGAUGCUGACCACAAACCUAGUGACUCAAUUCCUGGACAUUACCCGGAUGCAGUCAUACCACAUGAUGCCAAAAUGCGCUGAAACCCCAUCAAUUCUUAGGUCCGUUCAUGACCAGAUAAUGGAUGCCGUCCGACAUCCGCUAUUCCACACGCGUGUGUCUCUCGAUGGCCGUUCGACCGUUAUUCGUAGCGAAGAAACCAAUUUAGGGAACAUGUUGGCAGAUGCAGUCAGAGCAUUCUAUGAUACCGACAUUGCAUUUAUAAACAGCGGAGGAGUCAGAUGUGACAGGAUAAUCGAACAGACUAAUGAACAUAACGCACUAAAAAUCAAGGAUAUCAUAGAUAUCAUGCCUUUCGACAAUGCAUUCGUUGUUAAGAGAAUUUGGGGCGCUACGCUGCUCUCUGCCCUGGAGAAUUCUGUCAGUGAUUCUCACACAGAUGGCCGCUUCCUUCAGGUCUCUGGCAUGCGCUUCACAGCUAGCUGGCAGAGGCCAGAAGGAAGUCGUGUUCUCGAGGCAUACUUUGAACCAAAGCCCGGUGUACUAGAGAAGAUUAAUCCAGAGCGGGCGUAUACUAUUGCGAUGGUCUCAUUCAUCGCUACAGGUUUUGAUGGAUACGGCUGCUUCAAGGCUGAAGAGACACUGGUCGAUGCAGAGGGUGCAAUGACGGAUACCAGCCUGAUGCUGCAGGUUUUCAGACAUUCCAGAAAGCCCGACAAUGAUGCACAUGACUAUAAGGCCGACGGAAAACCGGAAGACGGUAACGAGGCGGAGGCAGAUGACAGGACAGAAAAGGGAGUCAAACGUGCAAUGGAGGCGAUUAUCACUGGAUAUGAUGACAUGGAUGGUUUACCGGUCGUUAGUCCUACUAUCGAUGGACGGUUGACAUUCGUGUAG